GAUGUGUUCAGGGUGACAACCCUCGAAACUAAACAUACUGUGUUGCAGACCUGUUUUGAAAGGAAGGACGAAUGGGCGAAAGUGGUACGAGCCAGACUAUUACAUGUUCAUGAUUUGCCAGCAGCCGAUGCUAUUUAUCAUCAAGCGUGCAGCCUGAACUUCAGGAGCAAAAAGCAAAUCCCGAUGCAAUUUGCCUCAGAACAGCGUGAUGUUAAGAAAAGAAAAAUUGGACGCCCACAAGACGAAGAAAAAAAUGACGCUUUUCUCAAAGUGGCGAGAUUUCUUCAGGAAAAUGACGACGAGCAAAUAACUGUUGUUGAUUUAGUUGAAAAAAUGGAAGAGUAUCUCGGUGACUCAGCCAGUACCGCAUACGGCCGCACGCACAUGAAGGCGAAGUUACAGGAACACUUCGGUGACCAAAUCAUUAUAACCGAAAUCAAUGGAAAGCCAAACGUUGUAACAUUUAGAAGCACUGUGGCCAAUAUUCUACAUGACUUUCAUGCACAGCCAAAGAAUGUUGAUCUGGAAACAAAAGCUGAAUAUAAUCCGAACCGCUUCGAGGCUGAUCAAGAGCGACAUAAAAUUGAUUAA